UAAGUGCGCCACAUUACCGCAGCCGCAUGUUCACGUGCUGAAAUGCGUAGCAACGUGCGCACUUCUCCAACUCUACUCUUACUGUAAAACAUACGAGUUUUUGAGGAGACAUGACUGAGCAACUACAUUUGCGAGGCACCCUUCGGGGGCAUAAUGGCUGGGUAACACAAAUCGCCUGUAAUCCAAAGUUUCCUGAUACUCUCCUUUCAUCAUCCCGAGAUAAAACAUUGAUCUUAUGGAAGCUUACUCGUGACGACAUCAAUUACGGCAUCCCAAGAAAGCGUUUGAAAGGGCACGGGCAUUUUGUCACAGACGUUGUGAUGUCCUGUGACGGCCAAUAUGCUCUCUCCAGCUCGUGGGAUAAAACACUGCGGCUUUGGGAUCUCUGCGAGGGGACUGCCACUCGUCGAUUCGAAGGUCAUGAUAAGGAUGUUUUGAGUGCAGCGUUUUCUGCAGACAAUCGGCAGAUCGUGUCAGGAUCACGAGACAAAACGAUCAAACUGUGGAAUACUCUAGCAGAGUGCAAGUAUACCAUCAAGGACAACCAGCAUGAAGAUUGGGUAUCAUGUGUACGCUUCUCACCCACACCUGGGGACCCAACAGUGGUCUCUUGUGGCUGGGACUGGAAAGUAAAGGUGUGGAACCUAGCCAACUGUAGGAUGCAUGCCGAGUACAGCCACUCUGGAUACCUCAACACUGUCACUGUAUCUCCAGAUGGCACACUCUGCGCUUCUGGUGGCAAAGACUGCAAAGCCAACCUGUGGGACUUGGAAAAGAGUGAACUCAAGUGUGUUCGUGACAACCAAGACAUCAUUAAUGCAAUGUGCUAUAGUCCAAGCAGGUACUGGCUUUGUGUUGCCACAGGACCAGCCAUCAAGAUUUGGAACUUGGAAGACAACAGCCAGGUGGAUGAGUUGUGUCCUGAAGUGCUGACGCCAAAUGCCAAGGCUGAACUUCCACAAUGUAUAUCAUUGGCUUGGUCAGCUGAUGGCCAGACACUGUUUGCUGGCUAUACUGACAGUCUCAUCAGAGUUUGGCAAGUCUCAAUGAUACCACUCUGUUCUUCCGAGCAGCACAUGUACGAGAUCUUGGAACAGCAAGCUACAGAGUGUCUGCGCCGACUUCAUGAAUGGUCUGAAUCGAACUCGCUAAUCAUAAACACAGAAAAAAGUAAAGCUGUAUUAUUUAGGCCUCGUAACAAGAUUGCUUCUACUCCACAAAUCUGCUUAGAAUUGGGUUCGUCGUCCAUUCAAAUAGUUCCCGUGGUCAAAAGUCUGGGUGUUUUCUUGAACGAAAAUUUAUCGUGGGACGAUCACGUUGAAAUGGUCAGGGGCAAGUUGUCAAAGGUUGUUGGUAUCGUGUCCCGACUGCGAUAUUUCCUACCGAAGUGUGUUAAGCAAAUGCUGUACAAUGCACUGUUUUUUUCAGUUGUUAAUUACUGUAUCUUGGUCUGGGGCACCACGUCAUUUACCAAUAUCAGAUGGCUGCACAUGCUUCAGAAGAGAAUUGUUCGAAAUAUUGUUAAUGCUUCAAGAUUUGAACAUACCGCACCGAUCUUUGCGUCACUUGUCAUCACCCCCCUUCCCCAACUGCAUGAAAAUUUACUGUUAAGGCGGUAUAAAACAAGUAUAAGACAGAAUAAUACAUUCAUGUUAGACCUGGCAAUCUUGAAAUGCAAGGAACUUAAGUAUGCUACCCGCACUGGCUUCACGUGGUUUGUGCCUAAAACGCGAACGAAUUAUGGUCGCCAAAUGCUUAGCUACAUUCUUCCACAGACGUUAAAUAACGCGCUGUGAAUUGAUGUUAAUUUAUGUACUGCUGACACUUAUGUCAUAGUGCUUUGUGCUUGCUUUUGAUUUUGCCUGUAAUGUUCAAAUACUGUUUCAUUUGUGUCAAUGUUGUUAUUGCGAAUGCUUUACACAUGCUGUAUGAUACACUGCGAUACUGUUGCCAAGUCAUUGUAGGGUGCGUCGACCUCUGUCAAGC